AUAGGGAAUGGAAAGAGAGGGAGAGGAAAUGAGAGAGGAAGGAGGGAGGACUGCUUUGUAGCUGCUAAGAUUGCAGACAGAAAUAGCACACAACCACCGUGAGCUGUGUGCGACUCAGAGACCAAGACCAAAUUGUACUCACUUUUAUUAAUCAGUUGCUCACAAAGAAGGAAAUGACAUCUGGUCCUGUCUUCUUCUACAUCUUAAUUUUGGGUAAAUACUUGUUUCCCGGGAGUGGGCAGGAUGUCAAGUGCUCCCUCGGCUAUUUCCCCUGUGGGAAUAUCACCAAGUGCCUGCCUCAGCUGCUUCAUUGCAACGGUGUGGACGACUGUGGCAACCAGGCGGAUGAGGACAACUGCGGAGACAAUAAUGGAUGGUCUUUGCAAUUUGACAAGUAUUUCGUCAGUUACUACAGAAUGACUUCCCCAUAUCCCUUUGAGACACAAACAUCGGAAUGCUUGGUCGGUUCUGUGCCCAUGCAAUGUCUUUGCCGAGGUUUAGAGGUUGACUGUGAUGAGACCAAUUUACGAGCUGUUCCAUCAGUUUCUUCAAAUGUGACUGUAAUGUCACUUCAGUGGAACUUAAUACGAAAGCUUCCUCCUGAUGGCUUCAAGAAGUACCAUAAUCUUCAAAAACUGUGUCUGCAAAACAACAAGAUUAGAUCCAUACCCAUCUAUGCAUUCCGAGGACUCUACAGUCUUACUAAACUGUAUCUCAGCCAUAACAGAAUAACUUUCUUGAAGCCGGGUGUUUUUGAAGAUCUCCACAGACUAGAAUGGCUGAUAAUUGAAGAUAAUCACCUCAGUCGAAUUUCCCCACUAACAUUUUAUGGACUAAAUUCUCUUAUUCUCUUAGCAUUGAUGAAUAAUGUCCUCACCCAUUUACCAGACAAACCUCUUUGCCAGCACAUGCCAAGGCUGCAUUGGCUGGACUUUGAAGGCAACCAUAUCCAUAAUUUGAGAAAUUUGACUUUUAUUUCCUGCAGUAAUUUAACUGUUUUGGUAAUGAGGAAAAACAAAAUUAAUCACCUAAAUGAAAAUACUUUUGCACCUCUCCAGAAGCUAGAUGAGUUGGAUUUAGGAAGUAAUAAGAUUGAAAACCUUCCAUCGCAACUAUUUAAAGAUCUGAAGGAGCUCUCACAACUGAAUCUUUCCUACAACCCAAUCCAGAAAAUUCAAGCAGAUCAAUUUGAUUAUCUUGUAAAACUCAAGUCUCUCAGCCUAGAAGGAAUUGAAAUUUCAAAUAUCCAACAAAGGAUGUUUAGACCUCUACUGAAUCUCUCUCACAUAUAUUUUAAGAAAUUCCAGUACUGUGGGUUUGCACCCCAUGUUCGCAGCUGCAAACCAAACACUGAUGGGAUCUCAUCUCUAGAAAACCUCUUGGCAAACAUUAUUCAAAGAGUGUUUGUCUGGGUUGUAUCUGCAGUGACAUGCUUUGGCAACAUCUUUGUCAUCUGUAUGAGACCUUAUAUCAGGUCUGAGAACAAGCUACAUGCCAUGUCAAUCAUUUCUCUCUGCUGUGCUGACUGCCUCAUGGGAAUAUAUCUGUUUCUGAUUGGAGCCUUUGACCUCAAGUUCCGUGGAGAAUACAACAAGCACGCACAGCUGUGGAUGGAGAGUAUUCACUGUCAGCUUGUGGGAUCUUUGGCCAUUCUAUCCACUGAAGUAUCAGUGUUACUUCUAACAUUUCUGACCCUGGAAAAAUAUAUCUGCAUUGUCUAUCCUUUUAGGUGUUUAAGACCUAGAAAAUGCAGAACAAUUACAGUUCUGAUUCUCAUUUGGAUUACUGGGUUUAUAGUGGCUCUCAUUCCAUUGACCGAUAAGGAAUUUUUCAAAAACUACUAUGGCACCAAUGGAGUGUGUUUCCCUCUUCAUUCAGAAGAUACUGGAAGUACUGGAGCCCAGAUUUAUUCAGUGACAAUUUUUCUUGGUGUUAACCUGGCGGCGUUUAUCAUCAUAGUUUUUUCCUAUGGAAGCAUGUUUUACAGCGUGCAUCAAAGUGCCAUAACAGCAACCGAAAUACGGAAUCAAGUUAAAAAAGAGAUGAUCCUUGCCAAACGUUUUUUCUUUAUAGUAUUUACUGAUGCAUUAUGCUGGAUACCCAUUUUUGUACUGAAAUUUCUUUCAUUACUUCAGGUAGAAAUACCAGGUACCAUAACCUCUUGGGUAGUGAUCUUUAUUCUGCCUAUCAACAGUGCUUUGAACCCAAUUCUGUAUACUCUGACCACAAGACCAUUCAAAGAAAUGAUCCAUCAGUUUUGGUAUAACUACAGACAAAGAAAAUCUGUUGACAGCAAAGGAAGUCAGAAAACAUAUGCUCCGUCGUUCAUCUGGGUAGAAAUGUGGCCACUACAGGAGAUGCCGCCUGAGUUAAUAAAGCCAGCUCUUUUCACAGACCCCUGUGAACUGUCACUAAUUUCUCAAUCAACUAGACUCAAUUCCUAUUCAUAACUGACUCUGAAAACCAUUGCUACACGGGGAAUCUUGUGGGAUGUUUCAUGAUGGAUUCAUUAGUAUAAAGUGAAUGCCACAAAAUUAAUAAUUUAUAAUGGCUAAGAUAAAGUCAUUACAAGGACAUGAGGUUAUUUGGGAAAAAAAUCAAAGUGAUGGGGGCCCGUAUAAAGCGAAAUAAAUUGUGUCAAUAAUAUGUAUAUACUAGUACAUAUUUUGCAUAGGAAAUUAAGAGAAAUCUACUUCAGAAAGAUUUAUUCAUUCUUUUGCCAUUUAUUGAGGACCCAUUAUGCACGUAACACUGCAGUAAAUUUCUGGAAGUGCACAGUAUAGAUCCUUUUCAAUUUACAAUGUUAAAUUAUGUGUAGCUGCAACAGAAUAUACAAAGGGCCAUCUGCAGUACUUAGUUUAAGGUAGAGCUUUGUCAUGCACAUCAACAAACAUAAAAAUCAUGAACACUUGUAAAUAAAGGUUUAAGGUUUUGGAAUACUAAUAUAAUGAAAAAUGAGGAAUGAAAAAAUGUCUGAUUGUUUGCAAAAAUAGAUACUUGUUUUAAGAAUUCCUCUUACCUUUCUUGAAGUCCCUGCCUACUUGAGAGGUAAUACACAAAAUUACUCUGAAAAAAGAUGUUCGGAUAUAAACUCAAAAUAGCACUUCUCUAUACAUCCUCACAUUUACUGUCAACUGAUUUUCAGCAGAGAUACCAAAACAAUCAAAUGAAGAAAGAAGUGUCUCUUCAACAAAUGAUGCUGGGACAACUGGAUAUUCACAUGCAAAAGAUUGAAGUUGGACCCCUACCUUACACCAUAUACAAAAAUUAACUCAAAAUUAAUCAACAACCUAAAUAUAAGGCAUAAGCCUCUUAGAAGAAAACAUUUGGGUUAAUCUUCAAAAUCUUGGAUUUAGCAAUGGAUCCUAAGAUGUGACAACAAAAUCAUAAGUAACAAAAGGAAAAAAUCAAUAAAUUGGACUUCAUCUAAAUUAAAAACUUUGUGCACCAGAGAAUGUUAUCAAGAAAGUAAAAAGACUGGGCACCUAACUGGCUCAGUAGGUGGACCGUGUGACUCUUGAUCUUGGGGUUAUAAGUCCAAGCCCCACGUUGGG